CGGACCAAUUACGAGGCGGUAAACUUUAAACACAAAAAGCUUGUCCAAACAAGAAAAACAAAACUGUCAACAGUAAUCAAAACAACAAUCAAUAUUCUGACUAUUGAACAAACACUUUACAAACGGAAACAGAAAGGCUGAAGAAAGAUUUUGGAUUGACCAAUGUCACAGUUUAACUUUGAGAAUGAAUUGAAUAGUGUCCUCAGAAUGGAUGCUCCAAUGUCAAAAGGACCAUCAAUUCGAUGGCAACGGAAAGAGGAAUGCAAUGCUUCAGUCAACAGCUCCCUGAACAUCAGCACUGCUUCCAAAACACCGAUGAAAAAUGUCAACAGAUCUGUAAAUAAUCCUAAAACACCAUCAACUGGGUCUGGAUCAAAAACACCUAAAUCUCAAGGGAAAUCCAAGACUCCAGCUAAAGCACCAAAGACUCCAAGUGGUGGAGAUAGAUUUAUUCCUAACAGGAAUGCUACACAGUUUGACCUUGGUCAUUUCAAGAUAAUGAAUGAUGGGAAAGGAGAGAAUCCAGAAUUAUUAAGUCCAUCACAGAAAGAGUUCCAGAAAGUUAUGAGUGAAAAUUUAAAUGGGGCUGACAUAAUGAGUAACAAGAUCAUUUCCUACAAAAACAAAGCUCCAAGUGCUCCAGAAGGUUACCAGAACAACUUACGAGUGUUGUACAGCUCUUGUAAAUCACCUGUGAGUACAGCCAAGAAGACAACACGAAAUAUACCACAGUUUCCAGAAAGGAUUCUAGAUGCUCCUGAUAUAGUUGAUGACUACUACUUGAACUUAUUAGAUUGGUCAGUAACAAACCAAUUAGCAGUGUGUCUUGGUGGCAGUGUGUAUCUAUGGAAUGCUGAAUCAGGAGAUAUAAAUCAAUUAAUGCAGGUGGAAAGUCAAGAAGAUUAUAUUGGUGCAGUGUCAUGGGUCAAGGAGGGAAACUAUUUGGCAUUAGGAACUAGUAGUGGUGAAGUACAGCUCUGGGAUGUUACAGCAGGAAAAAGACUUAGAAAUAUGCCAGGCCAUGCAUCUAGAGUUGGUUCUCUUGCAUGGAACUCAUAUAUACUCAGCAGUGGAUCUAGAAGUGGUAGCAUUCAUCAUCAUGAUGUAAGAGUAGCCAAUCACCAUAUAGGUACCCUCAAUGGUCAUACACAGGAAGUGUGUGGUCUGCAGUGGUCACCUGAUGGUAGACAUUUAGCCAGCGGUGGAAAUGAUAACGUACUCAACAUCUGGCCAGCACAUAUUGGAAGUCUUGUGUCAGAGACUUCACCAAUAUAUACAUUUACACAGCAUCAAGCUGCAGUCAAAGCUUUAGCAUGGUGUCCAUGGCAACCAAAUCUUCUAGCCAGUGGAGGAGGCACAGCUGACAGACAUAUACGUUUCUGGAACUGUAGUACUGGUACAUGUGCCCAAAGUGUAGACACUAAAUCACAGGUCUGUGCUCUGUUGUGGUCGAAAGAUUAUAAAGAAUUGAUUUCUAGUCAUGGGUUUGCUUUAAAUCAGCUGACAAUAUGGAAGUAUCCUUCACUAACUAAAGUAUCAGAAUUAACAGGUCACACAGCUAGAGUAUUACACAUGGCAAUGUCACCAGACGGGUCAACAGUUGUGUCAGCAGGUGCUGAUGAAACUUUAAGGUUGUGGAAAUGUUUUGCAGUUGAUGACGAUAAGAAGAAAAAACAACAACAGAAAUCUUCAUCAAAAGACAGUAGUAGAGUUUUAUCAAUGACAUCAAAGAUUAGAUAAUACAGAUUUAUUUUAAAAAAAAACACCAUUUAAUAUCCAGCAGUAAAAUGUGCAAAACAUAGACAUAUGUGACAUCAAAUUAAAGUUCUUGCCUCAGGGAAUCAUUAAUAAUCAAAGUAGAUGUUUUGAUUGGCAUGUUAUAUACUUUGUUUAGAGGUUAACUGUAUGCUAGUCAUAUGUUUGCUUUGUAGAUUUGAAAAGGCUCUCAGUUCAGAUCAUUAAUCAUGAUUCAUAAUUAAAUCAUCUUGUAAACUCGCAAUUGAAUCUCUUGUAACUAGAGCUGAUCAUAUUUUGAUGGCAUCAGAUGUUAAAUACUGUUUUUAAACAUUUAUACGGUAAAGACCUAAAUUAUGAAUUAAAAAAAAUCGAACAUUGUGAAAAUAAGUAACAAUUUAAAGGAUCAUGAAAAGGCAGUUGCUAAAAUUAUAAAAAUUUAAAAAAAAAUGUCAAGUUUUUUUUAUAGCAGUUUAUUAUAUUUAAAGGACCUAUUUCCUUUACAAAUACAUUAUAGAAAACAGUUUAAACAGUGGUAAUUGUUUUUAUUCAUUCUGCACCUGUUCAAUGAGUUAUUUUUCAGUUCCAUAUUACUUUCUACAUGUUCUAAAUGCAUUUUAUUAGUGCUGUUAUAAGAAUAUCUUUUAUGUGUAUUUUUAAGAAUAUCUUUUAUGUGUAUUUUUUAAGAAUAAUACAUUAUUAUUUAUUAUAUACUAUAUUUUUAUAUCUAUCUCUCUCUUGUGUUUAUUUUAUAUUUUCUCUUCAAACAUCUUAAUUCUAUUAAAAUUCAGUUUUAUUUUUAAAGAUGAUCUCAGAUUAACUCUGAAAUUUCAGUUUAUUUUUAUGCCAUCACAACAAAGAUGUUUUAAAAAUUCUGUUCUGACAACUACCUGUUAGUUUAAUAUAGAAGUAUAAAUUUGUUUUGAUGUCUGAAUGUUUGUUGUGUUAUUGUGGACAUUAAAUCACAGUUUGUUUUGUUACACGAGUGAUGAAUGGGUUUGAAGGCAUUGAAUUGAAGUGGAAUCUUUUACACUGAGAAAUUUGACUGGAUUUGUUGAAUGAAAAUGUAUGAAAAGAAAUCAUGGUAUGCUUGUUAAUUUUGUUGUUUUUUGUAAAAAAAAAUAUGUAUUCUUUCUUUCUUUUAAGUAAACCAUAAACCUAUGUACCUUAGCUUAAUAAAGGCACAUAAUACAGAAGCAGGGAUAUAUGAUAAUGCAUCCAAAUUUAACACUUAUUGAUUGUAUGAUUGCUCAAAACUUAUAUUGCAUCCAACCUUCAAUUUGGAAAUAGAGUGAAAAAAUCAGAAAAUAUGAAAUUAUCUAAAAAAAUCAAAAUGUAGAAUUUUAAAAGUACUGAAAGUAUUUUUUUCUUUUUAUAUUUUGGAGUUUGUGUAUCAGUGUUGACUUUGUGUAAUAUUUUAAGAAAAAAAGCAAAUUUAUGAUUUCUUCUGUAUUGUAUGCCCUUGUCAUGGUCGAUUAAAUGUGCAAGAGUUACUGAUAUAUGAAGUGAGUGGUUGACAAAGUGUAUUGCAUGUGUAUUUGCUUUUUUGUAUGAACGGUAAUAGGCAAGAAUGUGGAAUGAAUCUUAACGCUUACAUAAAGUAGUAUGAAUUUUUAGUUGCAAUAUUUUGUUAUGAUGUAAAACUUGUUAUGAAAUAAAUGAAAAUUUAUAAUA